AUGCCUCCCGACAUACAUCACUACAAUUCAAAGCGUUUGCCUGCCUGUGAUGCAUGCAAACUUCGGAGAGUCAAGUGCGAUCCAGUACCUACCCCAGAAGCCUGCUCUCGUUGUAUCUCCAAAGGCAUCGCAUGUACCACCACACCAGUUAUCCGUAAAAGGGCCAAGGAAAGGUCCGGGAAACGUAUAGAGGCAGCAAAAGCUACAUAUGGCGCAAUUCGACCUCUGCACGAGGCUAAUCCCGCCCCACUCAUCCAAGCAGAGAAUUUUCUGGUUCAGUUUGAGCUUUCUGGAGAGCUUGCCGCUCAUUUACUUGAAUUAUACUCCAAACUUCCCAGAGCCUCUCUAGUCCCCGGUGCAGCAUUAAGCGAAAGAUUUGAGGCAAAUGGUCGACGACUUUCCCUCCUUCCCCGGACAUCACAGGUCCUCGCACUCUGUAUCCUAACCCUCACAUCCCGCCUUUCCUCUCAUCCCCUGCUCUUCGGCCCGGGAGCCGCACCACCUCGCCUCGCCGCGUUCCUCUUUGAUCCUGGCUCGAUCGCUAUGGACACCGUCGCGGAAUGGGGCCGUCGACGCGAGAACGCUUGCGAGCGCCUUCGCGAAAUGGCAGUUGAGAGCGCAUGGCAUGCACGACUUCUCGCAGGCGACGGGGGAGAUGGAUCUGGUUUUGGCGGAGUGAGUGACGAAGGAAUGGCUGCGUGCUUGCUAUUGGAAAUGAUUGAAGAUCGACACACGCCUGGAGCGGGACGACCAUGGAGCGCUGCCUUUAUAUCGCUGCUUAGGAGGAAACUCGAGGCAAAGCGCCUGGCCAACUGGUCUGAAGAAGCCAACGGCGAUGUUCAAGACCACAAUGAUAUCAAUGGAUACCGCGUCAUGGUACCCACCGCUCCCAGUCUCCCAGCGCCCACGCCGUUUCCGUUCCCGCCCCCUGACGGAGCAACGAACGCGCCCCGUAUCCAAGGUAUAGGAUGGUCUGUUCAAAUCAUGCGCGAAUCACUCUCCGCUGCUGCCCAGGGACAGAUCUGCAGCUACACUCUACAUGACGAGGAGCUUCUCGUCGGCGUCAAGCCUGCAACACCGGAACUGGCUUUGGCGCACGCGGAUACGUUCGGGAUUGCAGAAUCUGAUUCGCAUCGAGAGAGCUACGAGGGUGAGGGUGUCCGAGUCGAUUGGUGGGAUUUCGGCUCUUUCUAUUGCCUUGUUAGACCCUUCUCGUAUCGCAUGACGGAAGUAGCUCUGGAUAGCUUUGGUUGGACAUCUCGUCGAGCGCAUCGCGCGCCAUUCGACGUGCCCAAACUCGAAAAGCAUAUUGAAUCCCUAAUUCCUCUCCAGAACCUCCUCCAGCUCGCUAAUAAGCGCCUCAAGAUGCUACUCUCUCCUGCUGGCGUCGAAAUUCGCCGAAGAGCUGGUCGCGGUGCCGCCAUGGAUCAGGCGGUUGGCGAACAACCUGGGGACUACCAGCGGCAAAUGGGUGGGACCGACACACUAUACACCGAGUCGAUGACUCAAGGCCCAGCUGGGCUCGAGGACGCUCAUUCACCUAAGGACGAGCUCCGAGCGCAGCUGACGGCACGCACUUUUCAUAUGCUCAUACGCGGAUGUAUGGGGGCUGUUAAUGUGCCCGUUUAUAUCGACUUGCAGGAGCGGCUGCUCGCGAUUGAACAAGGUCAUGGCUGCCCGGGGGACGACAAGGAGCGCCUCGAGAUCGUCCUUAGAGGGGUACGGAAGGCAUUGCUACCGCACGCCCUGACGCUGCUCAAGGGUGUGCGGUCCAUGGUUCAUCUCGCGUGGAUUACGCACAUCGGGCGGUCCAUACGGGUAUCAUCCUCUGGAGCCACCGAUCCUAACGCUCCGUCAAAGGACCGUGACAAAAACUCUGUGUGGAACGUGGCGGAACUGUCAAGACGCACAAUGUCGACCAGGUCUAACCCCCCUCCACCCGUCGCCCCAACAACAUCCUCCCCUUCCGAGUCAUCGCCUGCAUCCUCUGCCGAGUCAAACCCCUCACCUGCGGCAGCACCUGCUGUUGAUCCCAGCCCCCUGUCAUACGCCGUCUUCCCCUUCCAGCAGACACCAGACGAGAAACGUGACGAAAUUCCGAGCGUGUCACCACAGUGCGCGCCUUCGUACCCGUCGUCUUUUGCGUGGGAGGCCAAGGUCCUUACGCUAAUCCGUAUGUGUAUCGCCCCAAGGGUAUUUUCUCGCUCGGGUGGGAACGAGCCAUUCUCGUUUUGGGCGCAAGUUAUCCUCGAUUCGCCGACAACGGAGGAGGGUGGGACGUUUAUGACAAAGGCGGAGAAGAUCGCCGAGUUGGAGUGUUCACUUGAUGUUUUUCGGGUUCUCUCUUGGUCGUAUCCCCAUCUGUCUGAACUGCCUCUCGUGCACAAGAUCAAGAGCAUCGUUGAGUCGAUGAAGGGGCAGCAAAACUCUGGUUCUUCGAACGCUAACAGCACAUCGUCAACUUCGUCGAGUUCCUUUGGCUCCAACCCUCUUGCACCGCCUCCUCAGAACAACGCUCUCUUCCGUGGGGUUACCCCGCAUACGCCAUUGCCCACGCUUAAGGAGGCUCUGGAAGGCGUGCCAAACGAACGUGUCUCGGAGGUCUUCUUUGGCGGCGCGGUGGCAGGCGGACUGGGACUCGAGGGUAUUGAUGAAGUCAACGACGUCAUCAAGGGCCUCGCUGGCGAAUUGAACAAGGUGUUCAUUGAUGCGGCCAAAUUACCUAGUGGCUCCAUCAACUCCAACUCCCCGAACACCACCCGCGUUGGCGUCAACGGGGGUAGCAACGUCAGUGCCAGCUCCUCCGAUACCGGUGGUCCACAUACCCCGGAAAUCCCUUCUACGAUGCCCUCAUCGUUCACUAGAGCGGCAGAGGCCUUCGCGAACUUGCAAUCGCAAGACCCGUUGCUGCAGCACCAUAACCCGACUAUGACAGGAAUCGAGCUAUCCUCGUUCGUUGGUGCGGCACUGGGCACGACUGCUGGACUCGAGUGUGCCGACGCAUUCGCGAAGACGGGACAUAUACCCGACGUGUAUGGCGAAGACGCAUGGGAAGCCGCGACAUCGUCGUUUGAGGGACCAGGCCUCAUUCACACGAAUGACUUCAACAGCUUUCGGAGCGCCUGGGACUACAUGGCGAAUCAGGCGCAAGAGGAGGCUGGCAUGUUUGGCACGCAGAAUGACGGACUUAUGUCUAUGCAGCAGGAUCAGAAUAUGGGUGGAUCGUCGUCGGCGAUGUUCAUGGACCCGAUGGACUACGCACCAUCGAUGUUCUGCAAGCCUGGGUCCGGGGAUGGGUCUGGUCCCGUCCCAGACGACGGUGCAGGGGGCAUCACCGAGAUUUCGACCUCUAUGCCCGAUCACGACAUGAACGGGCACUUCCAAGCUCUCGGUGAACCGCAGAUGAACAACGUGGACUUCGAGAAUCAAUUCCAGCAGUUGUUCGGGUCCGACCUCUACCCAGCGAUCGCGGCUGGGCAUGGUUUCCAGCAACUUCUCCAGGGGCUCGAUAACACACUGAAUGACGAGGUCAACCGCGCUCUUCGAAGUAACGGCAAGAAUGGCGGCGGUCAAGGUCGUGGGUUUGGACCCUGAUGCAGAUGCCCCGUCGUCGUUUCAGUCGCGACGGUCGGCGUAAGCUGUAGCAUAUAGAUAUGGACGUUAUCAUCGGUAUUUGUUUUGGUUCGGGGUUGAUGGCACUGAGCAGAUCUGUUUACACAUGUAACUAACUCAAUAUGCUUUGUAUCUGAACGACUAAUGUAACAUUGUCAUAAUUUGUUUU